UUACACCUGGUGCACAGCUGUCAUCAUUUGUCAAAAAGCUGUCCUCAUGUCAGGGAAACCCAGCAGCCAUGACUCUAGAGCUGAAAGCCAACCCUCGACUCCUGGACCUUCACUGCUCCGUGGGUCUGACGGACUGGGACAUGGACAGGGAGCUGAAACUGCCAACAACCACUGACCAGUUCUUUAUGGAUGAAAAGCUAAAUGAUCAACAUGUGGCUGAAAGACCUUCUGCAGGAACCUUGAGGAAGCCAGAUGAGUUUGUCUGGUGCGAUCAAACGUCAGACAGUUUUGUUAAGCCGAGCCUCUGGCUUCUGGUGAAUCCCAACGUGGUCUGUCCAGUCCAGUAUGAGCGCAGAGCUGCGGCUGCGCAGCCUUCGAGUGAAAUGACUGAGGAAAUGCAAACAGUCCUGCCUGGAGCUGCAGAGCUUCCUCAUCCGUCCUUCAAAGACAAACUCCUAAACGCUGGUUCAUCUACUGCUCAGCGUGAGACCAAGAAUGCAGGAGUCUACAGUCAGCCAGCCAAGAGCAGGCGCAUGGGGAGGACCACAAAGGUCAUGGACAUGAAUGCAUUGAAGCCAGGUUGUUGGCCACGACCUCCAGUGAAUUACUGCAUCCUCAUUGCUUUGGCUCUUAAAAGCAGCCAUACUGGAUGUCUAAAAGUCCAGCAGAUUUACAACUUCACCAGGGAGAAUUUUCCCUUCUUUCAAACGGCUCCGGAUGGCUGGAAAAACACGAUCCGGCAUAACUUGUGCUUCAACAGCAGCUUCCGCAAAACCUGCAACCAGCUGUGCAGGGAUGGCAAAAGAAAGUCCUGUUUCUGGCACCUCACGCUGGAUGGGCAUCGCCGACUCAAAGACGAGGUCCACCUGCUGACGGGUGAAACCCUCAAGCAGCUGCAGAGGAGCAUGUCCCAGCCAGAUACAGUUUGGAGUUUACUUGAAAUGUGACUGAAGGUCAGAGCUGAAUAAAUCUUGAAAAGCAA